UUGUAACGACGUAACGUAUAUCCAUCGAAUCAUUGAUAGUGAAAUUUGGUUUGGUACAUGAAGCCAUAUUUAUGCUGUGUCUCUCCUCUGCGGCCAUGAGCCUUCGCAGAAUCCUCUUUGGCCUCAAUCUCUCCAAGGAUUUGGCUUACCGGAAUCGUAGCUUUUCUUCUACCUCCGCCGCCGCCGUGCGAUACUCAAUCGGAAGAGAUCCGUCGUCACUCCCGUUGGCUCUCACCGAGAAGCUUCCUCAAAACCCUAUCCCUUGUUUCAUCGAUGACCGUCCGGUUUCUCUAUACUACAGAGUCAAAUCAAUGAUCAAUCUUUCUCAGUUGGACAAGGCUGCGGAGAUGUCUCGUUACGCUGGUUCGGAAGAACAUCGCGAUGGCCCCGAGACAACACUCGUCAUGUGCAACGAAAUGAUCGACGCCAUGGUCGGCGCCAAACGUUACGAGGACGCCAUCGCUCUGUUCCACUAUUACUUCAACGAGUGUAAACUUAUUCCUAGCAUCGUCUCUUUCAACCACAUCAUCAAAGUCCAUUGUUAUAUGAAUCGUGUAGACAAAGCCCUCCAAGUAUACCGUCACGCUAAAUAUUUAAUUCUAGAAAACCAAGAUUCUGAUCUAGACAACGAAGACACUUACAGGAUUCUGACCAAAGGUCUUGUCGACGCAGGGAGGAUCUAUGAAGCCUUGGGUAUGAUUAAGGCCGUAGGUCUGUGGGAUUCAGUUGCAUACAGCUAUCUGAUUCGUGGAUUCUUGGAUCUUGGAAACUUCCACAAAGCUGAUGAAUUAUCCCAUGGAUUUGUCCAAAAUAAACCUAGUUAUCCUUAUGAUUUCAACGAAAUAGCGAUAGUGGAUGCAGAAUUUGUGGACUACUGGUUUAGACAAGGCAAUGAUGAGGAAGCCAUGAAGUUUUAUAGCUCAAUCAUCUCCACCAAGGAUAGAAAAUUCAUGUGUGCAACGAGUGGAAAUAACUUUUUGAGAAUCUUUUUAAAGCACGGUAAGAUAUCCGAGGCGUGGGCUUUGUUCGAGGAGAUGAUAAACAAUGCUACGACACGAGAAGCUAAGUACAAUGAUGAGUUUGGUCGAGAUAGUUUUGAUUCAGAGACUAUUAAUAUGAUGGUGAAUGAGUGUUUCAAGAUUGGUAAGUUUAAGGAGGCAAUGGAUACUUUCAAGUUGGGAGCUUCUUUUUCUGAGUGUUAUAGUAAUAUUAUCGACAGGUUUUGCGAGCGUGGAAUGAUGUCCGAAGCAGAUGGUGUGUUUGAGGAAAUGUGGUCACACAAAGACUUGGUCUUGUCCCUUGAAGUUUCAACAUUUAGAUCAAUGAUCAAUGGAUAUGUUAAGGUUGGGAGAGUGGAUGAUGCUCAACAAAUGUUGAAAAAGAUGGUGGAUGCAAGUCUACUCAAGGUUGUCGUUCGCCAGGCCGAUUAGAGCUAUGUGGUGAGAGAGACCGGAUGUGUUGCGGAUGCUGACAAGGAGGCACCGGAAGAGGCUGUCCAUUUGAAGCUUUAUGGAUUAAGCUAUGACUGGUUGUAUUGGACUAGGAAAUUCUUUAGCUAGUUUGGUGUUUAGAUUUGGUCGGAUUUAUGUGAAUAUAUUUUGGUGAUUUAU